ACGAGACCACUGAAGUCAUUCCUUCCAAGACAGCUGAUCCUCUUCAGGAGCCUCAGGCCGCCCUCUCCGCACUUCAAGACAGCAGGUGUUCCAAUUCUGAAGAGGCUGGUCACUCUAGAGUAUUGACGUGUCUAACCAUAGAUGGAAACAGCCAGCAUAGUCCUACUGACACUAGUCCUGCUCUUGGCAACCCAGGGGAGACUAAUGAGAAUUCAAUUGGUUUGGAUGAUUCCUCUGCAGGUGAUUCUCGCUAUAAUCCAAUUGAGAUUCCCGAUGAUCCCUUCACACAACGCAGUCGGAAGCGCAGACACAGUACUAAUGGUGGCAACGGUCGAUACAAGUUUCGAUGUCGGACAGAACCUUAUCAGUGUUCUCAGUCUCCGUUCGUCCCAUGGACGCAGGCGACUUUGUACAUUCCUGACUAAAAUGAUUAUUUUGUGUUUCAAUUUUAUGGAGUGUUUAGUGAUCGUAGGUUCUUCCUUUAAACUAUGCUAGGAUGACGAGCGUAUGAACCAAGGAAUUGUAAAAGUGGGUUAAUACUGACUGAGGCGCUUAGGAUUCUACUUCCCUCGAGGUAGCUUGGAAGACCAUUCAUGAAUCUACUGUACAUAUGGCCAACUUUGUGACAA